AUGGGCGCUGUAAUUUCACCGGGUCGGGUCGUUUUCAUAAUUCUAUGCAUCCUCCUUACUUCAGUUCGAACGUCAUCCUCGAUUACUCCUUCUGAGGACCUUAUCCUGGUUGUAUCGCAGAAUACUACAUUGGAACUGUUGCCCAGCAUAUUAGUUCAGAAUGCACCCGGUUCGAAACCUGGAGCCAAAGUGCUUUGUGAAAGACUUAGAAUCCAGGGUUUGCCGAGGCUGAAGCAUUUGGAGAAGUUUCCCAACUCGGUCAGGGUCAAGGUUACUUAUGUGGGCUCCAGCAUUCGUCCGCCUCCUGUGCAAGUUUGUUUUCACAGGAACUCAACCAUUGGGAUCGGGAUGUGCCCGCAGGGCCAGUGGGAGAACCUUAAUAAGGGUGUGUGGAUGAAAUCAAUGUCACCCUUUGAUCACAAGUUCUUAGAUAUUCGGAUGGGGAGUUCUUAUGCAGAACCUAUUGAGGUGUCUCUUCAAGAAGAAGUUUUCUUCUAUCGUGUUAUUUUCUUGGUUUUGGGAAUGGCGUUAUUGACUUUGGCCAGCUUCCUUAGUAAUUCCUUAGUGUUUUACUAUAGUGGUGCGAUGACUGUGGGUGUUCUUCUUGUGAUCCUAAUGGUCCUUUUCCAGGGAAUGAAACUACUACCAACCGGUCGGAAAAGCUCGCUCGCAUUAUCUCUCUACGCUUUUACCGUCGGUUUGGGGAGUUUUCUGUUGAGUUAUUUGCCGAGAUUGUUGCGGACAAUUCUAAAUGAGAUCGGCAUCAGUGAAGACAUGUAUAACCCUCUGGGAGUUUUUCUCUUUCUUUUUCUUGGGAUUGCUGGAUCUUGGUUGGGCUUUUGGGUUGUUCGCAAACUUGUCCUUGCAGAAGAUGGAAGUAUUGAUGUUGGGGUGUCCCACUUUGUAGCAUGGUCUAUUCGAAUUCUGGCUUCCGUGAUGAUUCUGCAGAGCUCCAAUGACCCUCUUCUGGCAGUAGAGGCGUUGCUUUUUGCAAUUUUUACCUCAUUGAUGUUGCGGAGAUUUGGAAAUCUUAAGUACCUUCGUCACUUGUAUCGAAAAUUCAGCAGAUUGAGAAAGCUCGAUGGAAGGAAAUUUGUGGAAGAAUACACGUCGCCAGUUCUGGAAUCUUGCAGUCCUAAAUCCUUCGCUGAAACCCCGUUGAGUAGAAGUCCAUCGACUGAAUCACGAGGUUAUGCCAGGAAGUCCCCCAACCAGCAGUCAUCUCCUGAAACAUUCUACUCUAUCUACCAUAGGACUCCUGAAAGGAGAAAGUUCUCAAAGGAAGAGUGGAACAAAUUCACCAAAGAUUCCACAAAGGCAGCUCUGGAGAGCCUUGUUUCUUCCCCAGAUUUCAGGGAAUGGGCUGUUGCUCACGCUGAUAGACUGACGUUAGCUCCCAAGAUGGAAGCUAAGUCCAGUGACCGGUGGAGGUGGUUCCGCUGA